ACAGACACUUACAGAGCAGUGCGACCUAAGCCUCUCGACGUCAAGCUUCUGCUGGAAAAAGGAAGUUUCGUGCGUCGUGCGCCAGGAAGCAAAAGGGCCCUCGUUUAGCGGUGGCCAUAUCGAACCCGGGGUUGUGUUUUUGCUUCAGCCGACCAUUCCGCAUUGACCGUGUUUCAUCCCGGCCCCAUCCGCGGUGUGCUUCAAUCUUUCAACCGUAGUGGAAAUUGUUGGUUCACAGAAGAACGUACAAACUGUUAAAACAGGGGGAAGGAAAGGGGGGGAGGAGAAACCGAAAACCGCUGCUCGUCGUCGCAAAAGCACGCGAUAUUUUCCCACAAUCAACUUUUGUCGCCCAGACACCACCACCACACAAACCACAGUCCAGUCGGGCAACGCUUCGAGUUCCACCGAUAAACAAGGCCUACAGCCUUUAGGAUGCGUUUCCUUUCCAACGGUUGACGGUAAGGGUGUGCGAGACGGGAAGGGAGGGCGAGAGGAAGAAGCAGAAGAAGGAAUCGUCCAACGAAAAGUGCUACAAGUGUGUUGCUAAAAAAUCGUGUGAAAAACCGGUUUUUCUUCGUCGUCCAAGACCAUACACACACCAAAUUUUCGGCUGGGCCAUACGUUUGUGGAAGGCUGUUUUUGCUUCAGCGGUGGCGUGUGUGUGUGUGUGUUUUUCAACUAACCAAAAGAAGAAGAAAACACCACCCGUGGAAAAAUCGGUCGCGCGCGGGGAGGGAGUGUGUGACCCGGGGAGCGGGAGACCGUUUCAUGGAGGGGUGAAAAUGGUUACGGGUUAAUAUUUUCCUCAAGUGUGUGAAAAGUGUUGUUGUUCGGGGAGGAAAAACCACCGUAAAAUCUCAAAGAAAAGCAUGUAUCGGGACGCCGCGCCGCAACCAAUCGCGUCGCGAAUAACGGACGGAAAAUGUUUGCUUUUCGAGCGACGACGACGAUAAAGAACGAUGUUCCGCCACCGAACAGCCGCAGCAUCAGCAGAGCAAAUCGGGUGAACGGCCAGUGAUGCGAUACGCCGUGCAACCAUCAAGAAGCCAGAAACCAACGAAAAAAAAACAAAAACGGAGCAGCUAUAGUUUCAUUGCGGGUUAACCUGUGAGUCGUCGUACAAGGCGGGCAAGGACGAGCAGGAUGUUGAGUCAUGAGCAGCAACUCGUGAUUAUGUUUCCAUUCGUUCCCAAUCCUCGGCAUUGCUUCACAAACGCUACCAGGCAGCAAGUAGCUGGAGCGUAAAGCACACCGUGUGUGCUACCGGGAUACGCAGGCAAAAAAGAAAAUCGUCGAACAAAAAAAAGUGGUUAAAACAAAACAAAAAUACUGAGUUUUUUCAGCCUAAAGGAGGCGCAAAAGCUGUACAAAAGUGCAGCAAACCCGGAGUUAUAAGGCUGUGGUCGUCUGCUGACCAACAGAGGAAGCGUAUUAUAAGAGCAGCAUCUACAUGAGUGUGUCCUCCCAAACGUGAUACACCUACCUACGGAGAGGAAUAUUGAACGCCAAAAACGGGACACAAAAGCACACACACACACACUGGCAGGAUGACUAUGAAAUCGAUGAAGUAUAACGACUGUGACACCAUCAUGGACGGCUACAAUCCGGCACCACCGCCAUUGCCGAGAAGGGUACCGCCGGCGCGUAACAUUUACGCGGAACCGUUCGCGACCGAAUCCAACACGAACAGACUACAAUCAUCGCAACAGCUGCAACAGCAGCAGCAACAGCAGCAACAGCAGCAACAGCAGCAACUGCAAUCACAGCAGCAACCGAUACCGCAACUGACACAAUCCAUGACUAACACACACAUCACCACCGGAUCCCGGCUGGGAGGAUCGUCCUCCCUGGUGAUGCCCGUUUUUCCAUUACGAACGGGUGGUACCGCCCACACACCACAUUAUUCACCUUACUCACCAUCAAGGUUUCGCAUCGAUAAAAGCUGUCAGCAUCGUUGCUCCUGGAAGUGUUUUAGCAUUGCCUUAAUAUUGGUUACAAUAAUUUUAUCGGCAACACUAACGUAUUUUGCAGCAACAAGCUCCAUGAAAUCCAAUAUCGAUGCUGCCAACUGCAUACUGGUGCAGGAUGUAAAAACGGGCACGGCCGUCGACCAAACCGGUACGCCCAUCGAUUCGUCCAACUACGGACUGCUGUCCGGCCCAUCCACGCUGAAUCCGACCGAGGAGUCACCGAUCACGAGCACCCUCGACCACAACAGCUUCUCCACGCUCGGUGGGCUGCCGGGUGGGGCGGCCGGCGGUAAUGCUGCCCUGUCGACGUACAACCGGCGUCCGACGCAGGACAUCUCGCACCCGGUGCAACAGACGACCCAAAUAUUCAGCUCGGUCCACCAACCGAAGUGGCCGUCGAUCGUGGAGCUGCGCGAGUUUAACGAGAUACACGCGUCCACCAUUGCGCCGUUCCAGUUUUGGAACGUCGAGUUCCGGAACAAACAUCCCGCCUUCAUACAGUUCAACUUUACCCUGCCGUGGGGUGCCAACUUUGCCAUCUACGGCCGGCGUAAUGUUGGACCGACGGUGACGCAGUACGACUUUGUGGAGUUCAUCAAGGGUGGACGGGUCGACCAUAAGCUGCGGCGGAAGCGAAGCAUCGGCAGCAGCUUCUUCCAGAACGAUCUGCUCGAUACGCACUUUAACGAGGAAAAUUCGUCCACGUUCGAAGCGAACCGGCGGAACCAGUACGCGUUCGAGGAUCUGCCGCUGGACGAGGUGGAACGGCACAUCAUCUCGAAGCGUUCGGCGGAUGGGGGUGGUGGUGGUGGUGCCGGCGGGCCGUCCUCGUUGCAGAAGAUCGACCUGGAAGCGAUGACGGUGAACGUGACGAUCCUGCAGUACCUCGACAUUGGCCGAUGGUAUCUGUCGGUGUACAAUGACGAGCUGCUGCCGCACACGGUUUCGCUGGUAGUUGGCGAGGCGGAAGGUAUCCAUACGGCCUGCCCGAGCGACUGUUCCGGCCGCGGGUCGUGCUACCUCGGCAAGUGCGAUUGUAUCGAUGGAUAUCAAGGCAACGAUUGCUCGAUUAGUGUGUGCCCCGUGCUUUGCUCCGCCCACGGCCAUUACGGUGGUGGUGUAUGUCACUGUGAGGAAGGCUGGAAAGGUUCGGAGUGCGAUAUUCCCGUGUCGGAAUGUGAAAUGCCCACCUGCUCCAACCAUGGCCGCUGCAUCGAGGGAGACUGCCAUUGCGAGCGUGGCUGGAAGGGAUUGUUCUGCGAGCAGCAGGACUGUAUCGACCAUUCCUGUUCGGGGCAUGGAACGUGCGUAUCGGGUCAGUGUUUCUGUAAGGCCGGUUGGCAGGGCGACGAUUGCAGCAUUGUCGAUCAGCAGGUGUAUCAGUGUCUGCCGGGCUGUUCAGAUCAUGGCACGUACGAUUUAGAUACGGGUUCCUGUAUUUGUGAUCGCCAUUGGACCGGAAUCGAUUGUUCGCAAGCCGUUUGCAGUCUCGACUGUGGACCGAAUGGAAUCUGUGAGAAUGGACGGUGCCGGUGUGAUGACGGUUGGACCGGCAGCCUGUGCGAUCAGCUCAUGUGUGAUCCACGGUGCGCGGAGCAUGGCCAGUGUAAGAACGGUACCUGCGUUUGCUCACAGGGAUGGAACGGACGCCACUGCACGCUACCUGGUUGCGUUAAUGGAUGUUCCCGGCACGGCCAGUGUACGAUGGAGGACGGCGAGUACAAGUGCAUCUGCGUGGAAGGCUGGGCUGGAAACGAUUGCUCGAUCGCGCUAGAGAUGAGUUGCAAAGAUAAUAUUGAUAAUGACAAUGACGGUAUGACGGACUGUUCCGAUAGUGAGUGUUGCGUGCAUCCGAUCUGUGCAGAACAUAUCAUGUGUCUCGCGUCGAACGAUCCGGUCGAGGUGUUGCUGCGCAAGCAACCACCCUCGGUAACGGCCUCCUUCUAUCAACGCGUCAAAUUUCUGAUCGAGGAAAACUCCGUACAGUCGUACGCGCACAUGGACGAGUACAGUGAGAGUGAGUUCUGGAACUCGUUCACACCGUGCCGGGUGUCGGUCAUGCGCGGACAGGUAGUUACACCGCAGGGUCUCGGCAUCAUUGGCAUACGCGUAUCGGUUGACCGCGAUUCACGGUUCGGAUUUACACUCACGCGCCAGGGUGGUUGGUUUGAUGUACUCGUUAAUGGAGGUGGAGCCGUCACGCUACAGUUCCAGCGAUCACCGUUCCGACCGCUCACACGGACAGUAUUUGUUCCUUGGAACCAAAUUGUUGUGCUUCCACCGGUCCAGAUGCAGAUUAACGAUAAUGAUGAUCACGACGAUAUUUCUUUCAUCUCUGUACCGUCGAAUCUUGCCUACAGCUUCCUGAGCACAUCACACUACCGGUUCAUGGAAGAUAACCCGUCGCCGAUAGCGAUCUGUCUCGAGCAUGAUCACGAACUGUUGAGCCCCCAUCUUACCAGCACCUGGAUGCCGAAUGGGAUCGGUUCAGUUCCGGGGAAAAAUUUCAUCUUCGCCGAAACACAGGUUGUACAAGAAUCGCUCAAGAUUCCUGGUUCGGAAAUUCAUCUGCUCUACAAAUCAUCCCAAGCGUCCGGCUACCGUUCGAUCGUGCGCAUGCAGCUGACGCACGAUCGCAUCCCGGACACGCUGACGCACGUGCACGUCGGCGUGCAGAUCGAAGGUUCGCUGCACGUCAAAACGUACGAAGCCGAUCCGAACCUGCGGCACAUUUUCGCCUGGAACAAGCGGAACGUGUUCAAGCAGAAGGUGUACGGUAUCGCGAUGGCACGCAUCUCGAUCGGGUACGAGCACGCCACCUGCCGCGGCAUCGUGUGGGAAACGCGCACGGUCAAGCUGCAGGGCUUCGACGUGGACAUUUCCGACAUUGGCGGCUGGGGUUUGGACAUACACCAUCACUACAACUUCCACGAAGGCAUCCUGCAGAAGGGUGACGGUGCGACGAUACAUCUGAAAGAGUUUCCGCGCAUCGUGCGCGGUGUGCUGGGCGAUGGCCAGCAGCGCAAGCUGAUGUGUCGCGACCAUUGCAAUGGGUUGUCGAAGAGUGGGCAGCUGCUGACGCCGGUGGCGCUGGCGUCCGGUCCGGACGGUAGCUUGUUCGUGGGCGACUUUAACCUCAUCCGUCGCAUCACUACCAACGGUAGCAUCUUCACCAUCCUGCAGCUAGACACGACGCGCGUGUCCUACCAGUACUAUCUCUCCGUAUCGCCGGCCGACGGGCAGCUCUACAUUUCCGACUCGGAAAAGCACAAAAUUCUUAAAAUCGUGUCGCUCGAGAACGUGGAAGAUCCGUCGUCGAACUACGACGUGAUCGUGGGCAGCGGGCAGCGCUGUAUACCGGGCGACGAGCAGAACUGUGGUGACGGUGGGCCCGCCAUCGAGGCACGGCUGUCCCAUCCGAAGGGUCUCGCCAUUGCAGCCGACCGUACGAUGUACAUUGCGGACGGUACGAACAUUCGGGCGGUUGAUCCGAAGGGCACGAUCCACACGCUGAUCGGGCACCACGGGCAUCAGAAUCGGUGGAGCCCGGUACCGUGUCGGGGUGCGGCCCGAGCGAUGCAGGUGCAGCUACAGUGGCCGACGGCACUGGCACUGAACCCGCUCGAUGGAUCGCUGUACUUCGUCGACGAUCGGUUGGUGCUGAAGCUGACGUCCGACAUGAAGGUGAAGGUGAUCGCUGGCAUACCGCUGCACUGCAACGAGGACCAUAUGGCAGGGCUGAACCGGACCACACCGGUCGAGGAACCGCUCGGCACGGUGCUGGCAAUGGCGUUCGGACCGAACGGUGAUCUGUACGUGGCCGAUACGAACUCGAAGCGCAUCAACACGAUCAAGGUGAUUGAAUCUUCCACCGGGUUCAUGAAACAGUUUGCGGGGAAAAUCGAUUCCGGAAGCCAAGAGUGUGAUUGUCAGGGUAAAACGUUAAACUACUCACGACGUAAGCCUGCCAAUGGCACAGCCGGAAGCUUGGCCGGUAAUCCAUCCGGUGUCGAGCGUGGGGCCGGUGUACCGGACAACGGCAGCCCGUUCUGCGUCUGUCCGCAUGCAAACGAUACCAGCAACGGACGAAAGGAGUAUCCGGAUGCAUCGGCGUCGUUCGGUGGGGUGCCCGGUAGUGGUAAUGGUGGUGGUGCUACGGGUGAAACCAUCCUGUCCUCGAACAUACGCUUCCAGUCGAUAUCGGCGAUUGCGGUCGCACAGGAUGGUGUGAUCAAUGUGGCUGAUCAAGGUUCAUUGCGAAUCUUUGCGCUGGAGCAUUAUCUGCCGCAGCACGACAGUAACGGCGAGUUCCAGAUACCGUACACACCGUUGAACGAGCUGUACGUGUUCAACCGGUACGGGCAGCAUAUCGCUACGCGGGAUCUGUCCACCGGCAAAUCGCGCUACUCGUUCCUCUACUCGAAAAACACCAGCUUUGGCAAACUUUCGACGGUAACGGACAGCUCCGGUAACAAGAUACAAUUUCUGCGCGAUUACAGCAACGUGGUCAGCUCGAUCGAGAACGGGCAGGAUUACAAGACGGAGCUGAAAAUUUCACCGAGCGGUUUGCUGACGAAGGUAAGCGCCCGUUCCGGUGCCGGCCGGAAGGUGGAGGUUUUGCUCGAUUACGAAUCGAACAGUGGGCUGCUAAUAAGUCGCACCGAGGGACAGGAAAGCUUCAUCUACCAGUACGAUGAUUUUGGCCGGUGCGUGAAGGUGAUUGCGCCGAGCGGUGAGAUAGUGCACGUGCACACGCUGUUUGACGACCGGUCGACCAAGCCGAAGCAGGAAGAUUUGCUCGUGUCGGUGCAGAGCAGCAUCCGGUCGGCGUUCGGUGCGCGCGGUGCAUCGAAACCGAUCGAGUACUCCAUCACCGGUGGCAUACAGACGGUGUCGAUAGCGCGCGGCGGUAAGGAAACGGUUGGCCGGAUCGGAUCGAUCAAUCAGACGGUGUCGCUGUCGCUGCCGGCCGGCAUCCGGUUGGAAGCGUCAGCCGUCGCCACACACCCGUGGCUGGAGAAGUUCCUGCCCACCGAGGCAGAAAUGCUACCGAUGUGGUCGCACCAGUCGCUGCACGUUGGUGACCGCGCUGCGAACGAUCUGUACUCCAGCUACGCCUUGUCGUCCGUGGGAUGUAACGGGGGAAAUACCGAGCCGCCGCCCCAUCACGGUCGCGCUGCAUCGUCCACCAUGAACGGUGGGGUGAAGGGUGAGAAAAUGCUGUGCCGCGACAUCUUUGUGAACGAUGGGAAGAAGCUACGCGUCGAGUACGAUCCGAUUGCGCAGCGUGAAAUUCUUCGCGACCGGGACAAUGAGGUGAUACUGGUCGUUUCGUACGACCAAUCCGGACUGCCGACGAUGUUCUCCCCGGGAAUGGGCGACGUGUACGAUCCACUGAACAUUACGUACGAUCGGUUCAAUCGCAUCGAGGGCUGGCAGUGGGGUCCGUCGGAGCUGAAGUACAACUACGAUCGGCAGGGACGGCUGGCGGAGGUUAGCAGCCUGCAGGAUGGCAUCGUAUCGUACAGCUACAACGAAGGCAACCUGCUCGAGAUGAUUUCGCUCGGCAGCCAGCGCAAGUACAAGCUGGUGUACGAUCGGAACGGUGGCCUGCGGGAGAUAGUGUUGCCGAGCGGUACCAAGCACACGUUCAGCCUGCAACCCUCGAUCGGCUUCCUGCGCUUCACGUACAAUCCGCCCGGCAGCUCGCGCUCCUAUCUUCAGCACUACUCGCACAGCGGCGCCCUGCUGCAGACCGUGUACCCGGGCGACGGUGCACGCAUCGUGUACCGGUACGAUGACGAGGAUCGCAUCUCGGAGAUUGUGCACGGUGAUGGGCGGGAUGAGUUCCUGUACCAAACCGGCACACCGUCCUGCGAGCUACCGAUGGCGAUCAUUCACACCGAGCGCGAUCUCGAAUUUCGCUGGGACUUUGACUGUGUCGGCGAGCUGCUGCUCGAGGAGCGCAUCGACUUUUCCGCCCGGUCCGGUUUGUCGAACGUAAAGUUCAACUACGAGUACGACGACCAUUUCCGGCUGUCGUCGAUCGGUGGGCGAAUCGGGGGCCAAAAUCUUCCGCAGCAAGCGUUCGGGUACGAUGAGCGUACCGGUCGGCUGGCGACGAUUGGACAGUUCGAGGUGACGCGGGGCGAUCGGCAGGUCAACGCAACGACCGUAAGCGAUCGUACCGGCACGUUCAUGCGGACGGUGAAUGGGCGUUUUCUGCUGAUGCAGCUCACGCUCACCAUCCACCGGAUGGAGGUGUUCCGGAUGGAGUUUGCGCACGAUCUGCACGGUCGGAUCGUGCAGACGCGCACCUACACCCGCAACGUCGGCGUCAACACGUACACGAACGUGAAAAACUUCACGUGGGACUGUGACGGGCAGCUGGUGGGCGUGGAAGCCCAGGAACCGUGGGGCUUCCGGUACGACGAUAACGGUAACAUGCUUUCGCUCACGUACCGCGGCAACACGAUCCCGAUGGAGUACAACGCGCAGGACCGGAUUGUGAAGUUUGGCGAGGGACAGUACAAGUACGAACCGCGCGGGCUGGUCGCGCAGAAUGCGCGCGAGGAACGGUUCCACUACAACGCGAAGGGGCUGCUGAUACGGGCGACCAAGCGGGGACGGUUCGACAUACGCUACUUUUACGACCAUCUGAAUCGGUUGAUCACGCGCAAGGAUAACUUUGGCAACGUGACCCAGUUCUUCUACACCAAUCAGCGGCGGCGAAGUGAGAUCAGCCACAUCUACUCGCCCCGGGAUGGCAAGCUAAUGUCGCUGACGUACGACGAUCGUGGUUCGCUGAUCUAUGCGCAGGUGUACCGGUACCGGUACUACAUCGCUACCGAUCAGUGCGGUACGCCGGUGAUGAUCUUCAACCAGUACGGUGAAGGUAUACGGGAGAUAAUGCGCUCACCGUACGGUCACAUAGUGUACGAUUCGAACCCCUAUCUCUACAUGCCUAUAGACUUCUGUGGCGGCAUACUUGAUCAGGUUACCUCGCUCGUGCACAUGCCGGAUGGGAAGGUGUACGAUCCGCUGAUAGGGCAGUGGAUGACCCCGAACUGGGAGCACGUCGAUCAGCGCAUUAAGAAACCGACCAAACUGCACCUGUACCGCUACAACGGCAACGAUCCGAUCAAUCCGCCCCGUCAGCUGCAGGACCACCCGCAGGACCAUCUCGACUGGCUGCAGCUGAUGGGGUACGACAUCGACAACAUGAUCCCGCAAGCAUCGAUCGCCAGCCGCUUCUACCAGCAGCGCAGCUGGUUGGAAGGUGCGCUCGCCUCACCGAACGUGCUGCGCCGCCAGUACGAGGAACGGGGCGGUACGGGUGGCAUCAACAUCGGGUCCGGCUUUAUGGCGCACCUGAUGGAGCGUUCGAUCCGCUCGCGCCAGGAUCUGUUACAGCUGCCGGACAGCUUCUUCGGUUCGAGCCUUAAAUCCGACCCGCUCGCGAUUGGCCCGUUCCGGCUCGGUUCCGGUUCGGAUCCACCGUUCGGGCACGGUAUCAUUGUGUCGCGGGUCGUCGUUGACGAGCCGGAAGGUGGGUACGCAAUCGUUUCGAGCGUACCGGCUGCCAACCCAAUCUAUCGCGAUGUGUACACGUCGGUGUUUAACCGCACCCGGCUGCUGCCGUUCACGUUCGUCGUGCACAACUCGCUCCAGGAUGCGUUCUUCUUCGUGAAGGAGGACUCGUGGCGUGCGGCCGAAGAUCGGCAACAGCUGAAGCGGUUGCAGGGUCAGGUAAACACCACGUUCCACGAUGCCGUCUCGUCCGGCGUGGGACCGAACGGGGGUGGGGGCGGUGGUGCCGGUUCCGGACUGGCCGGUGUGUCGAAAGCGUCCGCCCACCACCAGGAUGUGAAGAUUCACACGACGAACGCGAUCAUCAACCUGAAGUACGGUACAACGUCGGCCAAGGAGCGGCAGCGUUUGAUGCACCACGCCAAGCUGCAAGCCGUCCGGAAGGCAUGGCAUCGGGAGAAGGAGCUGCUGCGCAGCGGGCUCAUCUCGAGCUACGAGUGGAACGCACAGGAGAUGGAAGAAAUCAUCAAGAAUGGGUAUGCAAACCUUUACGAAGGCGAGUACGUGCACGACAUUGACCGCUAUCCGGAGCUGCUGGAAGAUCCGUUCAAUGUGCGCUUCACCAAGAAAAAGGUGAACCAAUCGCGCAAACGCAAACGAAGAGAUACGGCCGAUGUGGCGGACAGUGGUAGCAGCAGCAGCAGCACCAGUACCAGAGUCAACGGCGAAGUCUAGUGGCGCAUAAGGCUGGCAGUGUUGAGUAUUAAGUUAUGGGAGCAGUAGCAGCGCGCACGCUCGAGGAAUAACUCUCUGCGGAGAACUCCGUCCGAUUUUAAGUUGCGUGGUGUGCAGAUCCGCUGCAACCCACGCCACGCGUCACCAAAUGAAUGUUGCCACCCGAGGUUUUUUUGUUUUUUUUUGUUUACGUUAUAUCGGUUAGUCAUAUCGGUGAUGAAUCGUUUUCAUUUUUACACACCCGAUCGUCCAAUGCCGCCCUAUCGAACCCUGCAACAAAACCCGAAAACCUCAUUCGACAACGCUAUGGUGCUUUGGUAGCCGCCGUUCGGAACAAUUUAAUUGCUACUCCAGCGAUACAAACAGACACACACACAUACAAACGCAACGGAAUAUGUGUUAAAGGAAACGAUUACUAUAUUUACACAAAAGAGGGUUUUUUUUUAAAUAAUUUUAAUUAACGUUGCGCUUUCUCAUAUCCAUUGCAGGAACAACAAACAAAAAAACUAACUCAAAAAAUUUAUAAAUUAGUUUUAUACUUAGUUUUAUAAUCCGCAUGGAGAACUUUAUUCCGAUUUUUUUUACUCACGAUUUUUUGUUUUGGCUUCCCGGGAUUCGCGAUACUCAGUUAAGCAAUAUGUUUUGUCUAAUGUGAUUUCCCUCCUUUUUUUCUCGUUUUUCUUCUGCUGCUGAUAAAAGCAAAACGGUAUCAUAUACUAAAUAGAGCCCCUAUCGACUUGCAUCAAGUCCCGAAAUGUGAGAUGCUCGCACUCCACUCUCAUGUGUUCUUCGUUCAGUUUGAUACUUUUUUUUUUAAAUUAGUAUACAUGUAUUUAUAACACUAGUUCCCUCCCCCCACAUCAGCAAACUGUUGCUGCAUACACGCCGCACCUCAUAGUCGUAUCGAAUCUCAUAAUUUUAAUCGUUUUUUUUUUAUUCUUCCCCGACUGCUGUACCAAUUAAGCAAAUUUUGCUAGAAGGUUUUAGCCAUACGUGUUUGGUUACGAUUGCGCCAUUGUCCAUUUUCUUUUUAAGGCUUUGUUCGCAAGACUAAAGAGAGCGCGCACACACAUACACCCCACCCUUGCGAUGCGUGAGGAUCGGCAAAUGCAAACCGGACGAGCAAAGCCCAAUAAUUAAAACACUCAUUAGAAUAUGUACACGGACAGGAGCGAUUCCAAGCGCGCAAACCCUGCAAAAACAGUGCGCAAACCGCCAAACUAUAACGCACCGUACUGAAUGAAUGUAUUGGCGAAGGGGGAGAUAUAUAUGUGUGUGUGUGUGUGGUGUAUGUAUUGGACUGUGUAAGUGUAAGCGAGCCAAAAAUCCGUGGCACAGCACGGAGGGAGCACGGAGUAACAUGUGUUGAUGUGUAAAAAAAAGAAAAUGGAGAAAAUUGCUCGAGUAAGAAAAAAAAGGGAGUAAAGAACUGUUGUUAACACAAGUACGCACAAGUACGCAGAAAAGGGGGGGGCGAGAGCAAAGCGAGUGUAGAAUUUAAAUACAACUAGCAGAGUUUGAGAAAAGGCGGAGCAAAACAGAAACAAAUAUUAAGAAGCAGACACAAGCGAAGGCAGACUAGCGGUGGGCAGAUGGUAUUAGGAAAAUAGGAUGUUUAUACCUAUUCACAAUGUAAAACGAAUAUUAAAAAAAAAAUAUGGUGAUUCGAGCUUUUAAGACUGUCGUCGAAACAUUUUAGAAAGGAAGGUGUAAGGAGAGGGUGUAAGGUGGGAAGCAAAAGGGUAUAUAAAAUAGAAAUUUGCAACAAGGAAAAACAAAAAUAGGGAGAGAGAGAGAGAGAUAAAACAAUAAAUUGUAUUCCACGCUCUCUCUCACUGGCAGGAAGCAAACCCACUGGGAUAUGAAGCAAGAUAACAAAAAACAGAGAAAAAAAUGGAAGCAAGUACAGGAGAGACUCAUAAAACACACAACAGAAUAGCGCAAACCCGAUGCGAUUUAUGAAAGGAAAGGAAGGAAGAAUAACAAACAAAAAAGAAAAACAGAAAACAACUAGUAGACAUUUGAAAUUAAAAAAAAGGAGCGCAAAGCGAAUGAAUGGCCAUUAGAAAAGGGGGGGGCAAAAGAACAAAACAAAAAACAAGAAACCUUAUUUAAAACUAAUGACGCACACAAACCCAUGGACCGAUUAUACCUAGUUUUUUUUGCUUUGUUUUUGCUAAUUAGACAAACUUAUCUAGGAGCAUGAAACAUUAAACAAAAAAGCGGAGAUGGGAAACAAAACAUGGUCAUCCAUUUAACAAAGAGAGAGAGAGAGAGAGAGCAAAUCGUUAGUUUCCACGUGUAUGAGAAGCAAAGCCUACUACCGUAAGAAUAAUUGGGAUCCAAAAAGAAAAACAAAAUAUUAGUAGUGACGAUAAAAAAAACAAUCCCCCCGUAAUCCCCUAGGUCCUACUCCAUUCAUACCCCCCCCCCCCCCGCUCCGCCCCCCUCCACCACCAUGUUGGUUUUGAACAACAAUAAAGACAAUUAGGACAUAUUUGGUGGGUAUAAUGGAUGCCACCGAACAGGAUGGGGUGUAUGGAAAGCUAAUCGUUAUAUCAUUAUUAUGACUGUAAAAAUAAUACAAAACCCCUCCCAUUCCACCCCCCCACACCUCCUUCCCCCCCCCCCCUCUUAGAAUCGAAAGGAUGGAUAGUAGUAGUUGUGUGCGGCUCCUCCGGGGGAGGCGCAAGUGUAUGCGGUGUAUGGAGCAAAAAGAAAAAAAAAAACACACACACAGAAGCAAACUGAACUAUUGGUCUGAUAAGUUAGCGCUAGCGAGAAGAAGUGUAGCCAUGCGAGACAGUGUAGAAGAACAAAAGCAACAACAAAAAAAAAACCAGCAAAAAUUACAUAAUUGUGACUCGUACCCGUGUAUGUCUGUAGUUUUCUGCCAUUUUAUGUAUAGGUUUAUCCAUAUCCGUUCUGGACGGGGUGCUGUUGUUUUUUUCUCUCUCUCUCUCUCUCUUCCUUCACCUUCCGAUGCGCUACCGGAUGCGGGUGGGUGCAUUGCAUUGCUGGGAUUUCGGGUUUGGUGUUUGGAGCCUCCCAGCAAGAUAGUGCUUUUUUGUUGCCAUUUUUGUUUUUUUGUGGGGUUCAUUUUAGUCACACUCACACCCACAUACACCAGUCUACCCCGCCCCACUAUUUAUAGCAUGAUGUAUAGUAAACAACAAAAAGUAAACACCGCAAUAAGCUGCAAAAGAGCAUGAUUUCUUACAUAGUUGUAUUCAAGAUCAAUGGAUGCCAAAACAAAAAAUAAGAAAAACAAAUGUUUGUUUAGAAAGAGAGAGAGGAGAGUGUGUGUGUUAGGGAGAGAGAGAGAGAAGUAACAUAACUGCGACUGGGAAUGUGAGUGUGUGUAGGGCAACAAAAAGCAGCAAAAACACUAUUUGGUAUUUGUGGAAACAGGAACAUGUGGACGGGGACGAGUGGCUGUUUCCUCCCCCCCCCCCCCCCCCCCCCCACACCUAUUUCCUUCGGCAGCUCGUAAAGGAGCGCCAACCUCUGGCUAAACUUUACCCCUUCCUCCCUCGUUCGCAGUUUUUUUCUUCCCACAUCAAAUGGCCCCUAUUUAUGGAAUGGAAAACUCGUAACAAAAAUAGUGUUGUCAUAGCCAUGAGGAUUACCUUCACUAUAACGAUAUGUAACCGGAUGUAACACGGAGCGCAUGCUCGCACACUCCCGCCCCUCUCUAUUCCCAGCGUGCUUGUAUAUGCCAUUAGAGCUAUACAUGCAUGGAUGCUGGGAAUAUAUACAUAUACAUAUAUGAGGUAUAUAUUUAACCCGUACAAGCACACGCACACACACACACGAAGAAGAGAUGGUCUUCGUUCCAGUGUGUGUGUGUGUGCGCGUGUGUUACACGCGAUAAAUCAGCAGUAAAAGGAGGAGGA